AUGGACUCUAACAAUCCUUUUGCCCAAGAUGUGCAAGAGGAGCUUUCAGGAAACGCACCUCAACAGAAUAGACCGCAAGGGCCUACUGACAUCAUAACAAUUUUGGAAAAUUCUACUAUCAAUUCCAACUCUAGCCUCAACUCCAACUCCAAUUCCCAUUCCAGUUUACCGCCUACAACAACUCAUACUGGAUCUUCAGUACCUCAGAUAGCAAUUUCACCAGUCUCUGCUACAAACACAGCCAAUAAUGGUGAUAUUCAGCAAGAGCUAACACCCCCAUUGCCACCAAGAACGCCCCCACUAACGGCUGCAAGACCAGCUGUACCAAUUCCAAGUCCCCGACCUAUAGAAGCCCUGCAGUCGACGCAUUUAGAUUUACCAGAGUCUAACGACCUGAGGCCUCCAUCUCCAGCGUACACUCCCGUAGCGUCUCCUCAGGAAGUGACAGGAAAUGAACUUGUCCCUGAGCUUGAUUUGGAACACCCAAACGAACCCCCACCUCCAUACACUGAAGCUGAUCCAGGAUUACGUCAUGAAAUUUUCACUGUCCCUUUUUCAGCUACUGGUGGAGAUCAGGAUACUCCUCCAUUGCCCGAAAGAAGAUACAAUCGGCCGUCCAGCCAGCCCCCAUCAGACAAUGUCCCUCCCGUUCCAAACAGACCAAACUAUCAAAGACCAGCUGCACCUCCUCCCAAUGUACGACCGCAAGCUCCACCUCCUACAAACUGGCAAAGGCCUCAAAGUGUUCCACAAGGCUACCCCCCUCAAGGUUUCCAGCCACAAGCCCCUGUCUCACCACAUGAAUUCCCCCCUCCUCCAGUAAGGCACCCUGGUGCAAGAGUGACUUCCAGUGCUUACCCUGGCGCUGCUAACGUUACCUACUCUGGGUAUUCAAGACGAUAG